AUGAGCGACACCAUGCGAGCUAUUGGCAUCAAAGGCGGCAAAGGCCCCGCAACAAGCCUGUUCAUUGACCAGAUCGCCAAGCCAACUGCUACAGAGGGCCAAGCUAUCAUCAAGAUCCGGGCCUUUGCACCCCCAACCAUGGGCGUCGAGUUCUCCGGCGUGAUCGAGAGCUUCGGACCAGAUGGACACGAAGACUUCAAGAUCGGCGAUGAAGUGCUCGGCCUUGCAUACGGUGGCGCGUACGCAGAGUACAUCUGCGUCUCGACUCAUAUGCUAGUUCACAAGCCUAAACAGCUAUCCUGGGAAGAGGCAGCCGGAGUUCCAGAGACCUGGAUCACAGCCUCCCAAGCCCUAUUCCUAAUCGGCGAAUUCCAAUCCGGCCAAAGCGUCCUCUGGCACGCCGGCGCCUCCUCGGUCUCAAUCUCCGGAAUCCAACUCGCGAAAGACGCCGGCGCAAAAGCCAUCUACGCAACAGCCGGCUCGCAAGAGAAAAUCGAUUUCCUGGAAAAGGAACUCGGCGUCACAAAAGCCUUCAAUUACAAGACCCAAGACUGGGCGAAGGAGAUCCAGGCCGCUACAUCUGGCGCGGGCGUCGAUCUAACCGUCGACUUCAUCGGCGCGACGUAUUUCCAGGGUAAUCUGGACGUUGCGGCGCGGGACAGCCGUAUCGUCGUGUUGGGGCUUAUGGGCGGGGGCAAGUUGCCUGAUGGUGUUAAUAUUGCGCCGUUGCUGUUUAAGCGUGUGCGGAUUGAGGGGAGUACGCUGCGCAGUAGGGAUCUGGAGUAUCAGCGGAAAUUGAGGGAUACGCUUGUUGAGCAUGCUUUGCCGCGGUUCUGUGAUGGGACUUUUAAGGUUUUUGUUGAGAAGGUGUUUUCGUUUGAGGAUAUUGAGGAGGCGCAUAAGUUGUUGGAGAGUAACACUACUAAGGGGAAGAUUAUUUGUGUUUUUAAGUAG